UCGUAUAAAAACCACUGAACCAAUCCUCAGCUGAGUUGACUCAGAAAUUCAACACGGAAGAAGCGAGUGGGAUUUUGUGAUCACCGGACGCACCCGCCACCUAUGGCCGCCGCCGCCGCCGCCGCCACCUCCAUCAGCCGUCAAUCCUUUUUCUCUCUCCCUAACCCCAAGCCCAAAUCCAGCAGCAGCAACAGGCCGUCCUCCUUCAAACCACAAUCGCCGCCGCCCGCCGCCACCAGCAACAAUUUCUCCAAAUCCAACCGCAGAAGACAAUCCUUGCUGCUGAUUUGCUCGGUGGCGAACGAGCUCGACGUAAUACCCGUGCAGAGCGAAGACAGGGUGGACCAGCAUGACGGUGUCGUUUGUAUAGGGAGGGAAGCCGAACCCACGGCGGUGGAUCAGGUAGUUGGAGGGUUUGGAAGCGACGCUGCUCCGGGGAGAUUGUCGUUCGAGGGUGCGGCUGGGUUCUCAUCUGCUGCUUCCGGCGCGGGUGGGCCGGCGAGGUCCUCCGGCGGCGGCGAUGGGGAGAGCCAGGAGGAAAUGGAUAAGCUAAUUGACAGGACAAUUAACGCUACCAUUGUGUUGGCUGCUGGAACUUUUGCCAUCACCAAAUUGCUUACAAUAGAUCAUGAUUACUGGCAUGGAUGGACACUUCUUGAAAUAUUGAGAUACGCACCCCAACACAACUGGAGCGCUUACGAGUCAGCUCUUAAAACGAACCCCGUCUUGGCAAAAAUGGUAAUAAGUGGAGUUGUUUAUUCCGUCGGAGAUUGGAUUGCACAGUGCUACGAAGGGAAACCGAUAUUCGAGUUCGACCGCGCACGCUUGUUCCGAUCUGGUCUAGUCGGAUUUACACUGCAUGGAUCCCUUUCUCAUUACUACUAUCACUUCUGUGAGGCUUUAUUUCCGUUCGAUGAUUGGUGGGUGGUUCCGGCGAAAGUGCUGUUCGAUCAGACAGUAUGGUCUGCGAUUUGGAACAGCAUUUACUUCACACUUUUAGGCGUUUUACGUUUCGAAUCUCCCGCUAAUAUAUUUAGCGAGUGGAAGGCCACGUUUUUGCCCAUGUUAACUGCGGGGUGGAAGCUUUGGCCGUUUGCUCAUCUAGUUACGUACGGUGUUAUCCCCGUCGAGCAAAGGCUUCUUUGGGUUGAUUGUGUCGAACUCAUUUGGGUCACUAUACUAUCCACUUACUCGAACGAGAAAUCGGAAGCUAGAAUAACCGAAGCACCAGUUGAAGCUAAUGCCAGUUUGCCACCAGUGAAAGGUCCAUCUGAGGAGUGAAAAAAGUCGAAGACACGAGACUGAAAUGACGAGACAAAGAAGAGAGCUGUCGUACGAAGGUAUGAAGGGCCAUCGAACUGUGAAUAUAUCGUAUUCGAGUAAUAAUAGCACAGGCCAAUAUAACUAUAUAAGUAUAAACAUGCCACAUUUACGACGCAGGUUCUGUUAAUUUAAUUAUAUAUAUAUAUAUAAUUCAUGUACAUGUAUGUAUGCUUACUGUAUUUCAAGUCGAUCGACUCUUAUUAUCUGUUGUAGGUUUAUUUAUCAAAGAAAAUAUAUUGUCCAAUGAUAAUGUGGUGGCGCUACUUACACGAAUUGAAUCGAAUGGAACUGAACGUGUGUUUGUUGAAUCUUGUUUGGAUUUUUAUCGAGAUUUAAACAUUGACGUGCUA